CCGGACAAUAUAUUGAUGGGAUGUCCAAGCAUCAAUCAACCAACACCCAUAUACACAUCUUAUCCUUCGCUCUCAAAGGUGCCAUGAUGCCGCCGCAGCAGCACACCUCUACGCAGAUGCCGUCGACCCAUCCACGACACAAACUAUUGCACUGCACUGCAGUGCACUUCGCUGCGGCGGAGACCAAUCCGAGAUCAGAAAGCAACAACCUCCACACAUGCAUCAUCCAUCCACGCGAAGAACUGACUCCCUCGUCGGGUGGAGCCUCCCACGAAGGCCCGUAGUCUGCACACACACAUACAACGAUGGCCGCGCCUUGAUGCAUUGAUUGACAUCACUGCUGCUGACCAGGAAGGCUGUUCCACAGGCUAUCAAUCGCAGCAGCCGACCCAGCCCAACCUUCACACGCCUCCCGCACCACUUUGAUGCUCGCCUCCCCAUCUACCUUCCCCUCCCAAACCAUCGAGCAGCAGAAGAGCACUCCGUGCCGCUCAUCCCUGUGCGCCAGUUGCGACGCCAGGAAGGCCAGCCGCUCCAGGAACUGCUUGAAUGGUGUGUGGCUGAGGGUGAGGAGCCUUGUGUGUUGACUGCGGUCGAAGAGUGUCUGGCAGUUGAUGAAGUAGAGAGUGCGCCUGGAUGUCUUGAGGAGGUCCAUUGACCGCUCGAGGACGUCCUGCAGGUGGGAACUAAAGGAUGUGUCGCCGGGAGAGGGGUCAGAGAGAGGUCGAUUGAUCACCGCGGUGACGUCCUGCAGACAGCCAACAUGAGAAGCGAGAAUGUGCGGUCAACGGAUUCACUUGUUUGGUGUGCAUGCUUGUGGAAUGUGUGUGUGUGUGUACGUGUUGGUGUGUGGCGAACGUCAUGAGUCUGUCGAGGUGGUCGCCGCCCAGCUCCAGAAACUGAUUGCCGACGAACCGUGUGCUUGCAUAAACACACAUAGUACUGGUCCGUCGACGAGCCUGAACGCAAGACAAGGUAUCCACGACGUCGGUCGGGUCACGUAUGUCACAUCUUCACUUAUUGAUUGACGACCUACCUUCCAUGGCACAUGCUGGCCUAAAUGCGUCGAUGCCGAACUCAUUCCAGAAGAAGAAGAAAUCGUCGAUCGUCAGCAGAAACAGACCCCUGACGGACACAAAGAGAGAGGCAGCACGACAUCCACACUGACGCCAGCCAGACUCUUUUAUCACCUGGCGAUGUCUGUGUCCAGGAAGGGCAGGCGGCUCACCUCUCGCGGCGGACACAUCCUCACCCGGCUGACACACACACACACACGCACGGACGGCCAGAACUGACGCUGCAUCCCUCAUGCGCGCCAGCUGUGUGUACCUGCAGCAGCCGCACAUUGAUGAAGGAGGCCGACAAGAUGGGCAGGAACGAUGUCAGCCGCAGAAAGUUGACGUCCGAGGCGUUGGAUCAGAGUGGACCUGACGGCGAGCCAACACGGCAGACACGUCAAGAAUGAAGUCAACCGGCAUCAGCCGGCAGACAGAGGGUGCUUACUUGCCGGCAUUUUGGUCUCCCACGAGGAGGAAUGUGAGGACUUCCACGCCUGGCUUGUGGCCGAGUGCCGCCACCACAUUGCUGAGCGUCAGCUCGUCCACCUCCUCGUCAUACCUGCAAACACAAACAUCAGCACAAGCACAGCACAGGCACAAGCAGCUGGACGAACGACAACGAAUCAUCAGAUCUGGGUGAUGACCUGUCUGGGUGUUUGUAGGAGCAUCACUGCUCGAACCCGAAGGGCGUCCUCACGACGGGAAGCGCCUCCUCAACCUCCAUUUUCUCCGCUGCGGUGCGAUCGAAUCGACGCGCGGGGAAGAGCGGCGAAGGAAUGGGGAUGAGAGGAGAGCUCCCCAUCCUCUGUUGAAGACGGUUG